UCUUUCAGAUAUCGAUUUAGUUUUGUGGGGAUUUCCAAUAUCUGGGAAGUUUGUAGAAUAAUGCGUUUAGGUCAGAUGAAGAGUGAUUGGAUGCAUUGCACCGCCGGCAUAAAUAUCAGAACUUCAAAAUGACCGAAAUCAACUAAUUUGAAUUGGUGAUGGGAAUCAUCUCAAUGGAUAAUUAACCAAGCACUUAUGGGAUUGAUCAGCAGAGUUAGAGGACACUUACUCUAUUCCCGUCUGUGAUAGUAACCAAUCCAAAAAAUGUUACCAACAAUAAACUUUACGUCGUAAAUGACAAUAAAGUUACAGUAUCUGCAUAUCCAAUAACUAACUGUAAAUUUGAUCUAAUGUCAACUCAAUAUUCAUAUUUCGUUCAAUGAUCUCUGUUUUCCCGUUUAUCAGUAGUUGUUAGGGUACACUCGGUAAUAUAAAAUAUGACCACUGAUAACAAAGACUCUUAUCGGUCGUGUUUUCCCCAAUAUCUGCCCAAAAAUGUGACGAUAGUAGCCUGGCUGGAGAUAAAUCCUUUCAAAGUACCUUUUCAUUUUUAAUAUUGAUUAAAUAGUGUUAUCUGUACGGUUCCAUCAGUUAGUUAGGCCGAUGUCUAAAGAAAAUGCUACCGGAAAUAGAGAAGAUGCAGCAAUCUACUCAGAAAUUGAAGAAUCUUGUGACGUGACUGCAGAUAAGUCGUGUUCAUCAUUGUGUCCAUUCAUGACCGUUCACGACAAGUUAAAGCAUGCAUUGCACUGCUGCUUCUUCCUCUUCAUUAUUGGUCUUAUGGAGUAUUUGACACUUGGAAAACCCAAUGUAGUGGAUUCAUCGUAUCUACGACCAUGGGAGAAAUAUGGAGUGUUUUUCACUUGUGUUUUGUAUGGAUUGAGAUUUGUCACCUUGUUGCCUCUACCACAAGCAACGUUCAAUUUUGUCGGAAUGAUUUUUUACAAUACUUUUCCUGGCAAAGUUGUUUUAAGGAGUUCGCCACUAUUAUCGCCUCUAAUCUGCGUAAGAGUGGUAACAAGAGGUGACUAUCCACAACUUGUAAAAGAUAAUGUUGCUCGAAAUAUGAAGACUUGUUUGGACACUGGACUGGAAAACUUCUAUAUAGAAGUGGUUUCCGAUCAGCCGUUGAAUCUACCAUGUAAUCCAAGAAUAAGAGAGUUGGUUGUUCCCGAAGAGUACAACACUUCUUCUGGAGCUAUGUAUAAGGCGAGAGCGUUGCAGUACUGCUUGGAGGAAAAAAAUAACAUGCUCUCAGAUAAUGAUUGGAUUGUUCACUUAGAUGAAGAAACCCUUCUUACUCCAAAUUGCCUCAGAGGAAUUCUAAACUUUGCUUUGGAUGGAAAAUAUGAUAUUGGCCAAGGUUUAAUAACAUAUGCCAAUGAGGAAAUUGUAAACUGGUUUACUACUUUAGCGGACGGUUUCAGAGUAGCUGAUGACAUGGGCAAAUUACAAUUUCAAUUUAAAAUGUUUCAUAAACCAUUGUUUAGCUUCAAAGGCUCGUACGUGGUAACACAGUAUGGAACAGAAAAAGCAGUAAGUUUCGACAACGGCCCCGAUGGUUCAAUAGCAGAAGAUUGUUUCUUCGCAAUCAAAGCAUUCAGCGAAGGCUAUUCCUUUAACUUUAUCGAAGGAGAAAUGUGGGAAAAGUCUCCAUUCACCUUAAAGGACCUGGUUCAGCAGAGGAAGCGAUGGCUACAAGGCAUCUUACUUGUUGUGCAUUCCAAGGCUCUACCCUGGAAAUGUAAAAUAUUGCUAACAUUGUCAUGUUAUGCGUGGGUUACCAUACCACUGGCAGUUUCCAAUAUUAUAUUAGUUCCUUUAUAUCCUCUGCCUAGUUUUCUUGUUUUGGAUAGUCUCAUGAGUUUCGUGGGAGCAGUAAACAUUUACAUGUUUAUCUUUGGAGCCCUUAAAUCAUUUAAUCUCAAAAGGUACGGGGUAUUUAAAUAUUUUCUGUGCCUUAUUGGAUCUGUAGCAGUUAUUCCUGUUAAUGCUUUAUUAGAGAUCACUGCCGUCAUGUGGGGAUAUUUUGGCAGAAAACAUGUAUUUUAUAUUGUACGAAAAGGCACAACGCCAACGGAAGAUGUUGUUUAGUUCGAAUUUUAAUUCCAGUGUUUAAGAAACUUAUAUACAUUUUCUAUUAGUAGUUUAAUGUUUUUCAUACACAUAUUAUUUAUUUUCAUUAAUUUGUACUAAUUUAAAACUAAAUAAAAUAUGAUCAUGUUUGUA